AUGAUAGCAGAAUAUAAAAGUAUGGCUUACAGUAUAACUGUAUCGCUUUGCCUAAUGGCAGGGCUAUUGAUGGAAAGUCUUGUGUGUAAGACAGCAAACUGUGCAUUCUUUUUGAGUUCAACACUGUUCAUAUCAAUGGCCUUGAUGUUGUUCAACCUAGCGCACAUGAUGAAGGCAAAGACAAGGAUUACGCUUAUCUCUGCAUACAUGGGGUCCAUAAGUGCCUUGAUGGACAUCAUGAUUAUCUUCAUGUACACAAGGAUUCUACAAGCAAACUCUUUGUUCUUCUGCUUGGCCUAUUUGCUAUACCAGCUGACGGCUUCCAUUCUGACCUGCUUUACAUCGUUCACGAGCUCCGCCUUCAUGAUAUGGAUAUGUGUCAUAUUUCUCUGCCCAUUAUUUGACCUGUGGUUUGUAGAGGAGCAUGGGUUCUCAAGGUCUCAGGUUCCAGACUUUAUGAAGUACUACAUCGCAAACGGCUCCAUGAACAUAAUAUUCUUCAUUCCCAUGGUUGGAAUCAGAGUGAUAUUCGGAGAGUUCUUCGGGAGAAUUGAAGACAGGGAAUCGUCCGACUUCUUCAACUCGUUAGCAAUGGCUGCAAUUGGAAGCGCACUGGCAUUCAUCGAUGCGCCCGCAUUCAAGGGGGAGCUCCGUAAGGUAGGCAGUGUCUCCACCCCAUUCAUCGUAUCAAACAGCAUCCUUGCUGGAUCCUUGAUGAUCUUGAAGUCAAAUGGGUGCAUAACCCUUCCUUCUGUGUACCCAUCAAUGUCCAUAUUGUUUAUGAUAAUAUCUGCAUUGUUCUGCUCUUCCCACAUGCCUUGGCUCUGGAAGAAAACAAUUCUGGAGCAUUCCUUGAAUUCCCCGUACCUCUUCUAUCUAUCCACAUUCUCUCUCUUCAUAAUAUACAUAAUCAUCGUGCAUAAGAAUAGCAUCGUCUCCCGUCCCACAAGAGAUGGGUUCGUGCCCGGAAUGACAUGGUGGCUCUGGGGAUAG